UCUUCAGCUCUGCCUACAAUGCCGUGUUCGAUUUCUCAGGUCUGAUCUGUGAAUCGUUAAUCUGCUCCAUCUGUCUGUCCUGUCAGCGCACGUGUAAAGCCGCAGUGUAUUCUGGGUUGUAUAUGUGUUUUGAAGUAUGGAACGUGUUGUUCAUUCACGGAUUCCUUUGGAACAAGGUGCUAUUUUGGGAGUUCAGUCUCGACAUGGAAAGGCAGCAGAGGAUUUUACCAACGCUUUCCUGGAGAACAGCCUGCCUCGAUUGAAUGCUUCAGCCAUUGAGGAUUUGAUGUACCGCAAGGCAGUAGUACUGGAAUAUGCAAGACCAAAGAAGAAAAGAAAGCAGAAGAAAGCCAAAGGGCUGAAUGCUAAAGAGAGACGACGGCUGAAAAUAUUCCAAUUGAAACCUGAACAUCAAAAAUAUGAACUCUUCUUACCUCUGCAUGAGCUUUGGAAACAGUACAUUGUUGAUCUAUGCAAUGGAUUGAAACCAGAAAGCAACCCACAGAUGAUCCAGCAGAAGCUUUUGAAAGCCGAUUUCCAUGGUGCUAUCUUAACAGUAGUCAGAUCAAAAUGCCCCUCAUAUGUGGGUCAAACUGGUAUUCUGGUACAGGAACUGAAGCACAUCUUUAAAAUAAUCACAAAAGAGGACAAAAUUAAAGUCAUCCCUAAAAGGAAUAGUGUGUUCAGUGUGGAGAUUGGUGAUUUCAUCACGCACAUCUAUGGCAGUAAGUUUGAACUGCGCUCUAGUGAACGUUCAGCAAAGAAAUUUAAAGUUAAAGGAACUAUUGACUUGUAAUGGAGAGCCAUUGUAACUGUGGUACUCUGAAGAGGAGACAUCCAAUCCACAGUUCUUCUUCAUUAUGGACUCAUUUUUAUUAAAUAAUAUUUUUUAUGAAGGUUUGCCGGGAGACUGGAAUGCUUGUUUUUCCAUUUGAUGUUUUGUGUGCCGCAUUCUUAUGUGAGCAUUCAGUAAGAUGCUUUUAAUUUAUGAGAUCUCCACUAGGUGGUGACAUGAUACAUUUUGUUUGUGUUAAAAAAAUUAUGAAUGACUGCACAUCCUAGUUAUAAAUUAGUCACUAUUUUAGACGACCUAGUUAAACUGUAACUGAAUGAAUGACUCUCACUUCCUUGUUUUCUUUCUCUGAACUUUAUGAAAGUCAUGUUAGUGCAGUGGUUCCCAAAUUGGGGUGGGGGGGGUGACGUGAGCUGGUGCAAGAGGCCCUUCUAGUCUUAUGACAUUUUAUAAAAUUCAUUACUUUAUUAUAAAUUCUGUGUAAUCAAACUUCAGAAAAAUAAAGCUACUGACCAACAACA